UGUUCUUCCUGGUUGUUGAUUCGUCUGUGAAAGUAGCAACAUUUCGGCCAUGAGCAAUUUUCAGUAGAAUGCACGCGACGAUUGGAAAUAACGCCCAAUAGCGUGAAAUCUAUGUAGAUGCGCGCGCGCUUUUUGCUGCCAAAGCGUGUCCCUUUGCGCUGAAGGAUUCGUGCAAUGCAGUGUUCAUUUUGAUGAAGUCCAAAAUGCCCGACUGCUGUGCCGCAGCAAACUGCAAGCAGAGUACGGACCAGUCCAACGUUUCCUUCUUUAGGUUCCCGCUGGAUCCAAUUCGAUGUAAACAAUGGGUGGUUAAGUGCCACAGACCAGAUCUGGAGACCAAAACUCCUGAAGAUUUACACAGCAACUACAGAUUGUGCUCAAAACACUUUGAGACCUCAAUGAUAUGUCGGCAAAGUUCUCAGAAAUCUGUUCUGAAGGAUGACGCCGUUCCUACUAUAUUUGAUUUUGCAACCAACCAGGACAAUGCACAAACUAGCAACAGAAAAAGGACACGGGAGAAAACAGGAGAGGAGCCUGUUGCCACAAAGAAAACUAAAGGUAACACCAAUAACUCAAACCCCUCUGUGCCAGAGGCAGAAGAUAAAGUUGAGAGUGAUUCAGCUGAGAACAGCGAGACACAAAAUCCUCAUGCACAUGAUGAAUCAGAGAAGGAGGAUCCUGCUAUUUCCAAAGCGAAGGAAAUUUUGAAAGACUACUUCAAGGAGACUUUAGCCUUCACUGGUUUUAGCAUCACCAGCAGUGCAUCUCUUAACGCUGUUAAACCACUUGGGAAUGACCCAGCUAGGCCACUCUCUGUCAACACCAUAUGUUCAGAGAAGAUUGACCAAAAAGAAGUGCUCACCUUAGGUGAGGAUGUGAUGCGUGAGGAGAUCCGCAAUAGCUUGCACCUUGCACGCUUCUUUUCCAUACUUCUCCAAGACAGAGUAAGCAUUGAGGGCAAGGACCAGAUUCCUGUGUUUAUCCGCUCAGUCACUGGUGAAGGCUUUCCACAGAAACACCUCAUGGGAUUCCUUCCUUGCGAUGUUGACUCAGACACUCUGUUCCUUAUGCUUAUAUCUGAGAUCCGGAACAAGUGGGGCCUGCGGAUGGAGCACUGCCGUGGCUUCACUUACCUGUCAUCAGGUGACAUGUGUCAGAAACUGAAGGAUCUCUCCUGCAGGAUGCUGCGUGAUUUUCCACAGGUAGUUUUGUCACCCAGUGAGCCUUACGCCUUCAAUGUGUGGUUGAUUCGCUCCAUGCCCAUCCUUCCCAUUCAGGAUGUUGUUGAUACUGUAGAGCAGGUUGCUGCCAUUAUUAGGCAAUCAGAAACUCUGGCGAAGAAACUGGAUGCCAAGAUCACUGCUUCGUACAGCCACAUCAAAGGCGAAGUGGACCGAGUGAAGGAGUCUUGUCAGAACCAUUGGGAAUAUGCCACCGAUGCUUUCCAGACAAUGCUUGAUAUCUUGGAGCCGCUUUUGAGCAGCAUUGGAGAGAUGUGCACCAGUGCCCUUUCAGAUGUAGACACAGACACCAUCGUAGUGCUUCUAAUGUUGAAAGAGAAGCUGAAGAACUUUAAUUUCAUCAUUACACUUGUGGUCUUGAAGAACACACUGUGUUGUGUAAGCAUCCUGAACCCCAGCCUUAGGGGAAUAAUCAGCAUCAGCAGCACAUUGCAGUACACCAUCUCUAAUGCCUUGAAGCUUCUAACCAAACAUAUGCAGGAGAUCGCCAUUUUUCACAGAAAGUGGUUCUCUGAUGCAGUGGGCAGAGCCAAGAAGUUGGGGGUGCCAGUCAGUCUGCCAGUGGAGAUGGGGACAAAUGGUGAUGAUGCAGAGAGACCACAAGCCUCUUUGGAGGAUUACUACAGGGAAGCACUGAGCAAGAAGGUUUUACAAUACCUUGUUGAUGAAGUCAAAAGAGUCCUAGGCACUGAAAUGGCAAGAAUCCUCAGAUGGUUGUCAUUAGUGCCCUCAUACAUGGCUGACCACAAUUUUAGCAUCCGCAAAGACAAAGUUGCUGAUGCUAACCUGAAUAACUUGGCUCGUCCUGACUCCUUUUAUGAUGAGCUGGGCUGUUGGGAAGUGAAAUGGCGACAUGCUAGCAAGCGAAGGAUUCUUCCCACCAGUGUGUUUGCUACCCUCAAGAUCCCAGAUAUAGGCUUUUACCCAAAUGUGCAGAGCCUGUUGAGAGUGUUGGGCACCAUCCCUUGUGUCCGGUCAGAAUCUGAUGUGUAUGGGCAUUAUGACAUGGUGUUGGGCCGCUAUCAGUCCUACAUGAAAGAAGUACAAGUGGAAAAGAGACUGAGCAAUAUGGCCUUUGUUUAUGUCAAUCAAGAUGUCCACUUCAACAUUGAGGAAAUGGUGGAGGCGUAUGUAAAGAAAUAUCCAGAAAUCCUACAGCUAUUACAUGAGGAUGAUUUAAUGGAAGUGCAACCAUCAGUUCCUGAAACCAGUGCAAAUGACACCUCUAAAGAAGAUACAGAAGAACCAAGAGAGAUGACAUUAAAUAUGGACAUUGAAAGACAGAAACCACCUGAGUGUGCAGAAACUGAUAAAGAGGCAUUAAAAUCUGCAUUACAGGCCGCUGUCACAGCAGCAUAUGACAGGCAAAGCAGACACACUCAGGGUGAUCAAGAUCAGGAAGUAGAAUAUGUGACCAAAUCCGAGAUGAAUGAAGUCCUUAAAGUGUGUGAGGAUGUUGUAAGAGAUAGGAUUCUUUCAGAGCUCGGAAAUUCAUUCUUCUCCCUGUUUAUCGACCGAGUUGUCAGAUUGGAAGAGACCGACUACUUACCCAUGUUCAUCAGAUUUGUUGACAGUUUUGAUGUAAUGCGCCUUGAGCUUCUGGGUUUUAUCGAGGUUACUCAUGACACUGAGGCCAUGUGCGAACGACUUUUUGAUGUUGUCAUCAAAGAGUGGCGUCUCGAUUUGAGAUACUGCAGAGGUCAAGCUUACCUUGGCUCUGGGGAAGUGUCCUAUAAGCUCAAGGCCUUUGCAUGUAAAAUACAGGAGCAGUAUCCUCUUGCUAUAUGCACACACUGCUCAUGUUACUCUUUCAAUACCUGGUGGUCAAGGUCCGUUCCAGUAGCUGCCGUCAUCAGAGCCAUAGAUACGUUAGAGGAGAUAGUGUCAUUCUUCCACAGCAUGCCUGCCCUCGAGAAACAGUUAGAUCAAGUCUUAGCCAUAGGCCUAAGAGAGAGCUAUGAGAAAAUCCAUGAGCUUCAAGGAAAGUUCUGCUCCUCUUGGCUUGAGAAACACGACUCUUAUGAAGUCUUCGCUCAGAUUCUGGAGCCUCUGGUAGAUUGGCUUGAAAAUAUUGAUAACUGCCAACCACAAAGAUGGAGUUUGGCAGUAUCCAACCGAGCCAAGAGACUACUACAGUUAAUAAGGGACUUUGAUUUCAUUGUGGCAAUUGUUGCGCUAAAAAAUGCCUCAUCGUUCACCAGAGAACUGAGUGCAGCAUUACAGAAAGACCAUUUCAGUGCUGCCUCACAGCUCAGCCAGAUCAGUGGUAUUGUGGCCACACUUAACAGAGUGAAAACCAACAUCAAGGUUUUCCAUCAGAAUUGGUUUGAUGAAGCUUCUUGUUUUGCUCAGAGUCUGGGUGUGCAGGUGAAAGUGCCUGACAGCGUGAUUGUUCCAAGGGACAGUCUCUUGAAGCCAGGUUCAUACUAUAAAGACACAAUGAGUGUGCCUUUAGUUGACCACCUUAUAAACAUGGUGAAAGACUAUUUCUCUGAUGACCACAAGGAGGCUCUCAACUUAUUGUCUUUGGUCCCGUGCUCUGUGACAAUGAGCUAUGUUUUUGAAACGCUCAAGUCAAAACCUCCAUUGUACAUUGGUGACCUUCCUGAUCCUGACAACUUCUUCACGGAGCUAAGCUGCUGGAAAGUGAAGUGGAAAACAAAAGUGGUUAGUUUAACCAUACCAGAGACCAUUUUUCAGACUCUGCGUCUACCCCUCAUGCAGUACUUCGUAAACAUCAACACAUUGCUGAAGAUAAUGUGUGUGUUGCCAAGCACAGCUUUAGAAUAUUGUGGUGAGGUGAAGCGGCACAAAAUGUAUCAAGACUACUUGAGCAAAACCCCACUUAUGGACAGAUCGCCUUGUUUAGCCGUGCUUCAGGUGGGCACUGACUUUAACAGAGACCUAGACCGAAUGGUUGCUCAGUGCUUAAAGCUCACACCUAAGACACUGGAGGGUAUUUGCUUGGACAAAGAAUCCAAAACCUUAGGACGGACUGGUGAAAUAAAAACAGAAGAGGACACCCACCCGGAUGAAGUAGAGGACAGGGAAGCACAGCAGGACAAAGACUCCAAAAUACUUGUGGUGAAUUCUGAGAUAACAGGCAGUGAAGCAGAAAUCUACAAAGAGGGAGCAGAGAGCAUAGAGACUCCGCAUCAGUCUGAAAACAUAGAAGUGGUUGCUGGUUGCACGGAAGUGGCUGCUGAGGGGCAGCGUGAAAAGGUUGAAGAACCGGAGCAGGUUCCUGAUGAGAAUGGCCAUUCUGAUAAACCAGCUGACAACAUAAAAAACUGCAAAGAAGUCUUUAAACAGGCAGCUAUGCUUGCAAGGAGAAACUGCUCAUUGAUCGACCUUGAUAAAUCUGCACAAGAUGCUGUUGUUCAGAAACUUGCCUUAUGUCAUUGGGUGAUGGGGGAAGGGACAAUGUUUUCAGAGGGAGAAAUGUUGCAAAGUAUUGUGAAGGCCAUACGAGAAACAAUCCUCACUGAAGUUCAGGACUCUCCUUUCUUUUCCAUCAUCACUGAUAGAGCUAUUUCAGUGGGUGAGGCGAAGUUCCUACCGGUAUUUGUUAGAUAUGUGAAUGACUGCAUUCCUAAAGUGGAGAUUAUAGGAUUUCUGCCCUUUGAUGAGAGCUAUGAUGUUGAUUUGCAAGCUAAGGCUCUUUCAGGAACACUUGAAGAUGAGUGGGGACUUCAGAUGGGUUGCUGUCGUGGCCAGUCCAUCAUGUGCUUUGGUAUGGGGAGCAAAAGUCUCAGGAAGAUGGCUUUGGGUUUUUUAGAGAGCUAUCCAUCAGCUGUGAACACUCCCAGUGAGUCUUGUGGACUUGCCUAUUGGCUGGCUUUAAGCCUACAAAAUGCAUCCAUUACAAAGGUUCUAGAGACAGCUGAGGAUCUAUUACAGUUUUUUGACCAGUCACCCAAAUUAGAGAGUGAGCUUGCCAAGACCAUGGAUGGGCUGCUGAGUACCCCACGGGAAGCACUUGCAGAGGUCCCAGAGACUUGCCUGUCCAGAUGGAAAAAGAGAGAAGACUUCUUUGAUAUUUUGGUGGACAUGCUGGAGGGAGUCCUGAACUGCUUAGAUUCUGUGAGCACCAACUCCAGUGGAUCAUGGAGCGAUCGCAUGUCACUGCAUUCCCAGACCCUGUCCACAGCUCUUAGACAGGUUGAUUUUAUCAUCCCCCUAGUGAUCUUGAAGAAUGCCUGUGCACCCUUAAGGAAUUGCAGCACUGUGUUUCGCUGUGGAAACCCUGCUGACAUUAUUUGUGAGCUUGAGAAAAUUAUGCCAAUAAUAGAUACUUUUAGAAAGAUGUUGGACAAUUUAAAUGCGGUGCAUUCUGUCUGGUUUGAGGAAGCAGUGGAGCUUGCAACUAAAGUCAUGGGAUUGCUGUCAUAUGCAGAAUCUGUCAGUGGCUAUGAUUCACCAGAAACAUCUUACAUGGAAGCAGUUAGCUUACCAGUUCUAAAUGGUUUGAUUGAAGAAAUGAAGUUUAACUUCUCAGAGAGUCACCUAAAAGCCCUGAAAGUUUUGUCCCUUUUGCCAACAUGCAACCCUCUGCCUAUUCUCCCAGAAUCCACAGAUAAACUGCACACUUUAUACCUGAGUGAUCUCCCUGAGCCAGAAACAGCGGAGGAUGACAUUAACACCUGGGCCAUGGUAUGGAGGGAGAAGUAUCAAGAUGUUUGUCCUCCCACCUCCAUCUCUGAGACAUUGCUCCAUAAUGAAGCCAAAAUUCUUCCAAAUGUUGCAACCCUUCUUAAGCUUGUGGCCGUGCUGCCCAGCAUUAGCAUGGAGUGCGAUCUAAUGAAGACAACGCUAAACUCUUUGAGGACCUUACUCAGAGAUGGUAUCUUCAACAGGGGCAGUAAGACUGAUGCAGUGAUGCUUCUUAUGCAUCGCCAGACACUACAGAGCCUGGAAGAGGUGAUCGAGAAAUGCAUAGCGGUUGAUCCAGAAAGUAAUCAAUUUCUUGCUCAGGUAAAGUCAAGAGUUAAUCACCUGAGAAUGGAAGGUGAGGUGAUUGCCAUGGCCCCACAGGAGAUGGUUGUAGAUACAAAUGGUUCGGAUUAUCCACAAGAGGCAAAUGUUGCUGGAAUCGAUUUCGAAACUGCUGCUCCAGAGGAAAUUCUAGUGGAAACCAAUGACUCUAGUGAAUUAGCUGAAGAAAAUACACCUGACCAGCCAUCAUCUUUAACAGUUAGCAGCUCAGACAAGGCCACAACUGCAGCUCAAGUCAUCCCUGCUUGCAGCUCUCUGCCAACCAGCACACCUGACCAGCCAACAGAAUCUGUCCAAGAUGCUGCUAUGCAGUCUACAGCAGAAGAACAUGAUAGAAGUGAUCAACUAAUCGCACUUGUUCAAGAUCUAAAUGAUCGGUCUGAAGUACUUGAUCAGUGUGGAAUUGGUCUACCAGUAACAGGGGGUCAAAUAGUUACUAAUCAAAUUGGAACUGAGCAGCCCAAUGAAGAAGAACUAGUUAGCCUUGUUCAGUCAGCAUCAUCUAAUCAAAGUGAAACUGAUCAACCUAUGGAAGUUGAUCAAUUUGUUGCCACAGAAGCAGGUGAAACUGAGCAGACAGCAACAGAGGAACAAAGUGUACCUGAUCAGUUCAUGGCAGUUGCUCAAGUUGAUACUGAUUCCUCCAUAGUUACUCAAGGUGAAUGUUGUCAUACAGUAACAGGCUUGGCAGAUUGUCAGUUUGUGUCAGAGGAUCCGAGUGAAUCUGUUCAGUUCAUGUCAGUUGAUCAAAAUGUAAAUAAGUUAGAGUCAGUCCUUCAAAGCGAAACGAAUCAACCCAUGGAAAUUGAUGUGAGUGGAAAUGAUCCAUAUGUAGUUGAAGAUCAGGGUGGAAAUGGCCAGCCAGCAAUGGGAGAACAGUGUGAAGUUGAGCAGUUGGAAGUUAGUCCAGUUGAAACUGAUCAGUCUAUUGUAAAAGUUCAGGAGGAAGCUUGUCAGUUAUUAAAAGUGAUUGCAGAUGACGGAGAAACUGGUCAGUUAGUAUAUGUGGAACAAAUUGGAUCUCAUGAUCUUGAGGCUGUUGAUAACUCUGGAAAUUCUGUAGCAGCAGGUCAGAACAAAACAAGUCAGUCAGUAACUGAAGAUCAGAUUGUAAAUGAUCGGUUUGUGGCAGAUGGUCAAUUUGAAACUCUAAAUUUAGUAGUAAAAAGUCAAGAUUCUAUUCAGACAGAACAUGGGUUAGCAAAUGAAGGGGAGUUAAUAUCAGAAGAUCAAAGUGAAUCUAAUGAGCUCAUGGUAGUUGACUCUGGAAAAGACCAGUCUCUAAUGUCAAAUCAAAGUGUAACUGAUCAGUCAGAAAUAGGAGACCCAAGUGUACCAGAACAAUUCGUAGUAGUUGGUCAAGUUGAAAAUUAUCAUUCCGUAGUAGAAGAUCAAGAUAAAACUGGUCAGACAGAAACUGGGUUCCCAAGUGAAGGUGAAACUAGUCAGUUAAUAUCUGUAGAUCAAAAUGUAUCUGAUCACCCUAUGGUAGAUGACUCUGGAAAUGAUCAGUCUGUAACAGCAGAUCAAAGUGUAACUGGUCAGUCAGAAAUAGCAGACCCAAGUGUAACAGAACAAUUCAUAGCAGUUGGUCAAGUUGAAAAUUAUCAUUCCAUAGUAGAAGAUCAAGAUAAAACUGGUCAGACAGAAACUGGAUUCCCAAGUGAAGGUGAAACUAGUCAGUUAAUAUCUGGAGAUCAAAAUGUAUCUGAUCACCCUAUGGUAGAUUACUCUGGAAAUGAUCAGUCUGUAACAGCAGAUCAAAGUGUAACUGGUCAGUCAGAAAUAGGAGACCCAAUUGUAACCGAACAAUUCAUAGUAGUUGAUCAAGUUGAAAAUGAUCAUUCUUUAGUAGAAGAUCAAGAUAAAACUGGUCAGACAGAAACUGGGUUCCCAAGUGAAGGUGAAACUAGUACGUUAGCAUCCGGAGAUCAAAAUCUAUCUGAUCACCCCAUGAUAGAUGACACUGGAAAUGAUCAGUCAGUAACAGCAUAUCAAAGUAUAACUGGUCAGUCAGCAAUAGGAGAUCCAAGUGUAACAGAACAGUUUAUAGUAGUUGGUCAAGUUGAAAAUGAUCAUUCUGUAGGAGAAGAUAAAGACAAAACUGGUCAGACAGAAACUGGGUUCCCAAGUGAAGGUGAAAUUAGUACGUUAGCAUCCGCAGAUCAAAAUGUAUCUGAUCACCCCAUGAUAUAUGACACUGGAAAUGAUCAGUCAGUAACAGCAGAUCAAAGUAUAACUGGUCAGUCAGAAAUAGGAGAUCCAAGUGUAACAGAACAGUUUAUAGUAGUUGGUCAAGUUGAAAAUGAUCAUUCUGUAGUAGAAGAUAAAGAUAAAACUGGUCAGACAGAAACUGGGUUCCCAAGUGAAGGUGAAACUAGUACGUUAGCAUCCGCAGAUCAAAAUGUAUCUGAUCACCCCAUGAUAGAUGACACUGGAAAUGAUCAGUCAGUAACAGCAGAUCAAAGUAUAACUGGUCAGUCAGAAAUGGGAGAUCCAAGUGUAACAGAACAGUUUAUAGUAGUUGGUCAAGUUGAAAAUGAUCAUUCUGUAGUAGAAGAUCAAGAUAAAACUGGUCAGACAGAAACUGGGUUUCCAAGUGAAGGUGAAACUAGUCGGUUAGUAUUAGGAGAUCAAAAUGUAUCUGAUCAGCUCAUGGUUGAUGAUGACUCUGGAAAUGAUCAGUCUGUAACAGCAGAUCAAGAUGUAACCUGUCAGUCAGUUACAGAAGAUCAAAGUGUACCUGAUCAAUUUAUAGCAAUUGGACAAGUUGAGUCAGAUCAAUCUGUAGUUGCGGGUAGAAAUGAAACCGCUCAGACAGAAACUGUAUUACCAAACAAAGUUGGAACUAGUCCGUUAAUAUUUGGGGAUCAAUGUGGAGCUGAUCAGCUCAUGGUAGUUGACUCUGGAAAUGAACGUUCUGUAACAGUUGAUCAUAGUGGUACUGGUCAGUCUGUCUUACCAAAUGAAGUUGGAACUAAUCAGUUAGUUUUGGGAGACUGUGGAUCUGAUGAGGUCAUGGUUGUUGAGUCGGGAAAUGAUCAUUCUGUAACAGUAGAGCAAGGUGGAACUGAUCAGUCCUUACCAGACCAAACUGUAACUGAUACAUUUGUGGAAGUUGAAGCUCACCAGCCUAUAGUAGAACAUCAAAGUGGAUUUGGGUUAGAAGAUGGAAGUGGAACUUGUCAGAUAGUAUCAGGGAAUCAAAGUGGAAAUUAUCAGCUUGUGGCAGAUGAGCCUUGUGGAAAUGAUCAGUCUGUAGUAGAAUCUCAAGGUGAACUUAUUCUUGCAGUUGCAUUGAAUCAAAGUGUACCUGAUCAGUCUGUGGCACUCAGUCAAGGUGGAAAUGAUCAAAUAGUACCAGGGAAUCAAAGUGAAAUUGAUCAGUCCAACAUAGAUCAGGUUGGCCUUGAGCAGCCCAAAGAAGCUGCAGAUUGUGGCACAGAUCAGUUCAGUUCAGUGGCUCCAGAUUGCUCAGACCAAGAAACUGCAGCAGUACACAUUUGCCUUGAUCAGUCCUCUGCUUUAACUCCAAGUGUUACUGACCAUUGCACACCUGCUUCACCUGAGGAUAUUACUGAUCACACCAUGGCAGCAGAAUCUGAAGGCACAGUCCAGUAUGGAGUAAAGGCUCAGGAUAGUGCAAGCCAAGUAGCUACCCUGGAUGGCACUGGACUACAAAAAAUAGUUUUUACCCCCCACAAUGCUGUUGCUCGAGAGGAAUUGCUCAAGGAACUGUGCAACAUAAAGUUCUUUUCCAUAGUCACUGAGGAAGAGUUUGCAAUCGAUGGCCAACCAUACAUCUCUGUAGGAAUACACUACCUUAACAAACAAGAUAUCAAGUGUGAAAAUAUGUUGGCCUUUAUCCCGCUUUCCACAAACAUUACUUCAUUUGUUGAUAAGCUUACCAUCACUCUUUCUGAGAAUUGGGGUUUGAACUUGGCCCUCUGUAGAAGUCAAACCUUGGCAAGAACAGGUGCCUCAGUCUCUCAGAUGACACAGGCUUCAGCUUUGCUUUCCCAGAGACUCCCUCAUGCUUUCAGUUUCCCAAACCUUGUAACUCCAAAAUCUUUGCUAGCCAGUUUGUCCUCCCAGAGAGAGAUAACUCACUAUUUUGAGUGCUUGGAGCAGCUCUUCAUAUGGUUCUCCGAGGAUAUUCAACGACGUGUAAGACUAGAGGAUGCUGUUGUACAUUUGUUCCAGGAGGACAAAAGGAAGGCCAGUGAGCUGAAAGCCAAGAUCAGCAGCAAUCAAUUGGAAAUGAGCCAUGAAGUUCUGGAACUCACUACAGAAAUUCUAGAGGCCAUCGUCUUUUGCUUGAAGGAGAUGAAAGGGAACCAAGAUAACGAGGCAAACACAGCACAGGCUCAGAGCUUCCUUUCUGCUAUCCAAAACUUUGAUUUCAUAUUGACAGUUGUGAUUAUGAAAAACAUCUUGAGCCUCACCAAAAGCAUAAGGCUGAGUCUUCAGGGAAAUUCCUAUGAUGUGUAUCAAGCUGUAAACCGAGUGUCUGAUCUGCUGCCCUCUUUCAGUGAAAUGAAGAACAGUAUUGACUCACAUCAUCAAACCUGGUUUCAAGAGGCUGUUGCUUUGGCUUCUAAGCAGGUACCUUCACUACAACCACCCUUAAAUGUGCACUACAGAGAGGACAUCAGUAAAGGGGCCAUUGAGCACUGUAUUGCUGAGAUGGAAGGACUCUCCAAGGAUGUUCUGUCUGCUGUUCGCUGCUUGCAGGUUGUGCCUUAUGUCAUGUCCAAAGUGGAGGGAUGCUGCAACGACACUGAGUUUGUUAAGGUGUUCCAAGAUGUUUUACCUGACCCAAACUCCUUCCAGGAUGAGCUGCAGAGGUGGAUGGACAGGUGGCAAGACUGUAUUGCCAGUCAUCAGCACCUACCCGACACUGUUCUCAGCACUCUCAAAACUUCUGACAUUGAGUCUUUUCCCAACAUUUCAACUAUCCUUAGGCUCCUGGCAGUCUUGCCCAUCUCCAGCACGCAGAGUAGCUUCACACAGAGAAAGAUGAAAUCUGAGAUGUACCCUCUGUAGUAGGCUUGGCUUAGCUAGCUGCCCCCGAACAAGCUGUCUAAUAGGAUGUCAUACACUGCUGAAACUUCAGAAUGUCCCACUGUAUUCUCUAAACUGUAGAUCACAUCUGACUGUAGGUUUCAGUAUGCUUAUUUUAUUAGUUGAAUUAGACUUGUACACUCUUAAGUAUAAUCAACAAUGGUUUUAUUGAGGUUUUGUCUUUUUUUUUAAAAUUUGUUUUCUUUUUAUGUAAGUGGCAUGGAAAAAGAGGACUGCCAAUUGGGACCAAUGUCUUGCCAAAAAAAAGAAAGAAUAGGAUGCCCUUGGGGGGCCUUACUGUUUCGUGCCUUUAUGCAAAAACCCUACAUAACACUUUGAAUCAUUUGACACAAAAAGUCUGGAUGGACACUUUCACAUCACACUUUUUGGGAAUUUCCUAAUAUCUUCAGGAACUUUUAAAGACUUCAAAUCAUAUAAAUAUUCUGAGAUGCAUUCUGAGGAAAAGAGAAUUGUGUUUUAUCACAAUGAAUUAUAACUGUGUUAUAUUGUCAAUGUCAUCCCAUGGCACAAGCUAAAACCAGUCUGUCCCUGUAUCAUUAUGCGUGUUUCAAUGUUUAAUUUGUUUGCAGUUUUAUUUAGAUGGAUCUUUCUGUAAACGUUUCUCCCUGAAGCCCUCCUCACAAAGGACGCAUUCAUAUAUAUUUGACUAAAAUAAACAAAUAAAAUCAUUGAAAAGAA